CCUCACGAGCGCGGAGCCGCCCCCCCAUCGUCGCUUGCUCUUCCCGGCGGACUGCGCCCCUUGGCGGGUGGCAGCGUCAGUGCAGUGUUGGAGGAGGAGGACGAGGACGAGGGAAGAAGCAAAAGAAGAAGCCGGCGAGGAGCCGGGACGAGGCCUCGAGGGGCGCGGGAGUGACCUGGGGCCGGACCCCUGGCCGCAGGCUCGCCUCAUGCCAGCCUCCCAGCCCGACAGGCACUCCAGGCCCUGCCCGCCGGUCUUCGGUGCCUGCCYUGCGGCCGUGCCAGAGCGCAGCGAGACCCCGACCUGAGCUGGGCUUGGCGCUACCCCAGCGUGGGUGACAGCCUUCCGAGCAGCAUCCCCGGAGGAUGGAAGAGAAAAAUAUGCUGUGUGACUUCUUUGAAGAGAACAACCUUACCAGUUCCAAGGAGGAGAGCAGUGAAGGUGAUGUGAAGACAUUUUGGAGACAACUGGGAGGUAGAACAGUGGAUGUCAUAUUUGAGAAGGUGCAAAAUGUGCUGUUGUUGCUGAAGGAAAAGAUCAAGAAUGGAACUGCCACAACUCAAGAAUGCUGGCAGGCUUGGGCACUGGUGAAUGAAGCUAAUCUAGGUGAUCUCUUAACCUUGGCAAAUGUAAGUGAUGAGUUGAAUGGAGAUGGCGCACAGGAAACCAAACUCAAAUUGCGGCCUCCUCUUUCAGCUGACAAUGCUGCAAACACUGUAGAAGGUUCUGACAGCAGAAAGGAGGAGAUGGAAGGAACAUGCUCAGGGAGUAAAGAAGAAUCUAGCAAAAUUCAAGGUUUACCUUUAAACGUGCAGUAUCAGAACCACAAGUGCUCUAGUGCGUGUCUUACCAACAGAGCAGUGGGCUUCCACAAGGGUGAAAAUCCUCUGAAGAUCCCAAUCCUUUUUGACUUUCAAAGACGUCAUGCAAAAGCAGACUGCCUUUCAAAAUCACUGGACGUCAAUUACAAAGCUCCUUGUGGUCGGAGUCUGAGAAGCUUUCAAGAUGUGCAGAAUUACUUGUUUGAAACAGAGUGCAAUUUCUUAUUUGUUGACCACUUUUCCUUCAACACUUAUGUACUGUUGGGCAGGAACACCAUGAAUCCAGAGCCCCUGGUGUUUGAAUUUGAUAUUAGCAAUGGAGCCGAGUCUGUGCCCAUCUCCUUCUGUAACAAUCUCGACCACGCAAGGUUACCUUAUUUCAGGUAUCGGAAGUCGUCGUGGCCACGUGGAUAUUAUCUCAACAAUUUCUCCAGCCUGUUUGUUGAUUCCUGUGACUGCACAGAUGGCUGCAUUGAUAGGUCAAAAUGUGCAUGCCUACAGCUAACAGCAAGAGGCCGUAGUAAAAUUUCUCCAUCUCCAGGUGGUAAAAGAUUCUGUGGAUACCGUUACAAAAGACUGGAGGGACCUGUUCCUACUGGGAUUUAUGAGUGUAGUGUGUUGUGUAGGUGUGACAAAAUGAUGUGUCAGAACAGAGUUGUACAGCACGGCAUUCAAGUCAGGCUGCAGGUGUUCAACACAGAAAAGAAGGGCUGGGGUGUCCGCUGCCUGGAUGACAUYGACAAGGGGACAUUUGUUUGCACUUACUCAGGCAGAUUAAUGAGCAGAGCUGAAGUAUUGGGAGAUGCUGAACAAGAGCUGAAGGACAAAAGUGCAGUGAAUGACAGAGGCCAUGACUUUUUUUCCAAAAAAAGAAAACUUGACACUGAUAGCUCAGACUCAGUGAUUGAACUAGUGCAGAUUGACAAAAGUGACAUUCUUGAGAAUCAGGAAUCUUUGUCUCAGACUGUGGAUAAUGAAAAUAAAUCAACCCUGGUUCAUCCAAAGAACUCAAGUAAUGCAACCGUGAGAAGGCCUGGAACUAGAACAGUUGUUUUUCGUGAUCACCAGCUAAAAAUGGUGCACAGUGCCAGCUCAGAUGAAGAUGACAGUUCUCAGAUUCAGCAGUCAAGCAAAACAAAACUAACCAGUGGAACAGAGAAAGGAAAAGAAAAACCCAUCCAGCAGCAGAAGGAAGAACAUCCACGGCAAAUUGGAGAGACUGACUCUGCUGAUGUGGACAAUACAGGAUGCAAAAGAAAGAGUCUGUCGCUGCACAGUGUUAAUUGUGGCAAGUCAGGUGUGCUGGAUGACACAUGUGUCAUGAGGCCAUCCACCAAUGCACCCAUAAAAACUGACUGCAAAGAGGAAGAUACCAGGCAGUCAAAACAAGAUGCACUUUGUGAGGAAGCUGAUGGUGACCAGAUGCUUCCAAAGAAUACUAAUGAAGAAAAUAUUUAUAUACUGGAUGCCACAAAAGAAGGAAAUGUGGGUCGUUUUCUAAAUCACAGCUGCUGUCCAAAUCUCUUUGCACAAAGUGUGUUUGUAGAAACUCACAACAGAAGUUUUCCAUGGGUGGCAUUCUUCACAAACAGACAUGUGAAAGCUGGAAGCGAACUCACAUGGGAUUAUGGUUAUGAAGCUGGAAGCAUGCCAGAGACAGAGAUUUCCUGUCAGUGUGGAGUUCAGAAGUGCAGGAAAAAAACCUUAUAGGCAAAGCUUUCCUACUGCCAACACAUCUCGAACCUGGGGAUUUAUAUGCUGGAAGGGGUCACUACUCAGUGAACAGCCUCUCAAGACCGUGGUGCUAAUUGCAUUCAAUUAAAAUGCCUUUCACCCGAUGUUUUUAAAUUUGCAUUUAAAUGCCACUUUUGUAGUUUACGUAAUUAGAACUGUUUGUCCUAAGACAUCAAACUUUUCCUAGAUAAUUUGUGUUCUCCUGGUCUUCCUCCUCCCUGCUUCUAAUCUGCAAGUAAAGUUCACAGUGCAGUAGAAGAAUUCAUGCUUCAUGCUAUCUGCAGCAGAGACACGACUGAUGAGAGCAAUGGUUCCUUGGUGUUUUCURUGCCCUUCCACAGUGCUGAGUUAGCAAAACUCAGGUUUCUGAAACUCAUUAUGAAUGCAAGACUGCCUGUCUGAGCACUAAGAAUUGUUAAAAUAUACUUAAACCUGAUGGAUCUGGUGGGACAGAUAGCCUUGAACAGAGAUGGAAUUACACAGAACAGUUUUGCAGAGCUGUGUUUAUGCUACAAAGUGAGCUGGACAAGUCCUGCUGCAACAAGAGAGAAAUGACUGGGUUUUGUUGGUUGCAUCCCUCUCCCUGUUUGUGACACAGAGAAAUCCUGGAGAAAUUCAGUGUACCUAAUCUCAGUGCCAUAUUGCAUAUUGGAGGACAGGUGGGCCACAGAAGUCCUUACCACAUGGUUUGUUGGUAAGAGAGAAACAAGCGGCGUUAGGAGACGUGGAGUGCAGAUGCAGGAGAUGGUGGGUGUGCAGGUGUGYGCCUUUUGAAUGUGUUGGAGCCUGGGCAAGCAAGAAGGUGUCGCAGAUGAGUGAUUUAGAUGCUUGAAGAACCACUGCCAAAGGUAAAAAAAAGAAAGUGGUUUUAUUUAAAAUAGUGUGAAAGUUUGAAGGCAGAGUUCACUCUGUUACUGCAGAGGACAUUAUAAUGAUUUGAAGUUACCGAUACAAAAUAUAGUGCACUGUAAUACAAGGUUAUGUGUGACAUUGGUCACCCAUUAGAGACCUGCAGUUGGUCAGGGGUCUGUCAGCCUCGAGGAGUAACAUUGAGAGGCAUCCCYGUUCACGGGGAGAUAACUGCCAUACAGCCAGUUGCUUGGCAUGAGAACUCAAAAAAAGGCUCCCUCAGGCUGUCAUUUAUGGAAUAAAGUGGUUGGCUUGUAGUCAAAUUACCUUUGUUGGAAAAAGGUAAACAUGUGAGUCUUGUACCUGCACCUUUCUUUGUUCCUUGAUGAAUAUGUCGUUUAAGAACCACCUGCUAUUCAUAUGUUAAUUGCUUGGUUGUUAUCCCAGAUUUCAAGCCCAUAUGCAUCAGUGGUCACCAUGUCACCCUGUUCCUGAGGGAAUUUUCAGAGAAAAGGUUGGAACAAAUGAAGGUCUUGGCCUGGUUAUGUCCAAGCUUAUGCUGCAAAAUUAAAGAGAAGCAGGAACCAAUUCUCAGCCCUGAGGCCACAAGGCAGUGUGUAUUUURUGCCCACAUGGCUUAGGGCUCCUUUUUAAUUGGAUUGCAUCUGUGCUGUCUGUUUGUGGACAACACAGUAUCUGUGGCCCUAAGUGUUCUUGGUUUGUUUUUUUU